AUGUCCUCUCAUUGGGAGAGACCACAAGGCAGGAAGGUUCAAAAAGAUCAAGAGAAGAAAAAAAUUCGCAAAGAAGAAAAAUCGAAACAACUUGAAGCAAUGGUUGAGCGAAUAACCAAUGACAAGAAGCAACUCCACGAUGAAAAGAUGGCCAAAAUAGAUAUGUUGGUAGAAAUUGAAAAGGAGAAGAUUAAGCUGAAAAUAGAAAUUAAAAAAGAAAAGGUGAAGCAGAAAGAUUGUUUGAUCACGAUGGUUGAGAAAGAAAAAAAUGAAAAGAUUAUGUUGAUGGAUAUUAGUGGAUUGGAUGAAGUGCAACAAGAGUACAUUAUGAAACGACGAUUACAAAUUCUUCAAAAUAUGAAGAAUUGA